UUUUCACAUUUAUUUUAUUUAAAAACUAAACAGAUUAUUAUUCGCAUAAAUCUACAGGUCAUGAAAAGUAUCUAAAAAAAAGACAAGCAACCAUGAAACAAAGGGAUGCAUCUUCUCCACAGCUGUUUCUGUCCAGAGAACGGUGUCAGUUCCUCAUGGGAGUCUGGGUGUGGCUGCGAUCGGUCAAUGUGUGGUCCACGUUCUACCUCAGCGUGUUCCACCUCCAGACUCUGAGGCGCGUGGCUCCUUCUGUUGGAAACCUUCAAGCUUCUCGAGGCGUUCCUAAGACUCUGCUGCUAAACCUGCUUUCCAUUUGGAUCCUCAACCUCCUUUACUCCAUUCCUGCACAUAUCUUCUCCACUAAUGGUAAUGCAAACAGCACUGAGACCCUCAUGUUGAUCAGCAGCACAACACGCCCCCUCCUGGGCUGUGUGUGGAACUUCCCGUCCAGCUACAGCGGCCUGGCCUACGCCACCACGUCCAUGGUGAUCCAUGAAACCCUGCCUAUUGUCUUGAUGACAGUGACCAACCUGAGCUCCCUUUACACGCUUCACACAUACGGCAGGACAAGGAAAUCAGUCCAAGAUGCACCAGUCGUAAAGCGGGUACCAGCUGAGAAACGAGCUGCCAAGGUGAUUCUUAUUCUUGUUUUGCUCUUCACUGUGUCCUGGGGAACCAGCGUUAUAUCUGUAAACUACUUCAACUACAACCGAGGCACCUCAUCCGAGUUCCUCCUGGUCAUCGCUCGCUUUGCCCAGAUCCUCUUCAUCGCCUUGUCUCCUGCUGUCCUGGCGGUUGGCCAUCGUGGGCUGCGUUCUUGUAUCAAGUCAUCGCUGACUUACUGACAGAACUGCCCGGCAACUGCACACCGCUGAAGCUGUGUGAGGAAAAUAUUCACAACUGUUGACAUUUUCAAUUCAUCAAAGAAGUCUUUGUGCAAACAGCACAGGAUUUUUGUUGUUUUUUUACAAUAAAAAAAAGAGAGAGGCUAACACAAGCGCU